AGCAGGUGGCGAUCUUAGCCGAAUAGCUGAUGAUGUGUUCGGCUCUCUGUUAGCUUAGCCGGUUAGCAUAGCCAUAUAAACAAUAGAAGUCUGACGUUUAUUUCUCUUUUAUUUCCACACUGUAGCGCCAUAUGUUGUUGGGUUUUCCAGUAUAUGACGUGGUUAAUAUCGGCGAUAUUAAAUUAUAUAAGUCGUUAUGUAUGAAUGAUUUCUAAAUAAUUGAUAUCCGUCUCAAAAUAAGUUCCUUUUUAUGCUGGAUCAUUAUGCCUGUAGAAGCUGCAGAGCACCAGGCGUCCUCCUCUGUCUCCAGCCCGGUUAGUGCUGCUCUUACUCCAGGAGGUUCGGAGGAGGAUGGAUCUGCAAGGGGAUCUGCUGUCUUUACUUUCCCUGAGAACAGUCAGGGUUCUGAGGCAGCUGCAGCCUACCCUGCCAACACUGGACCCGGGGAGGGUAACAGUGCUGGCAAGCGGUCAGGAGCCUUGCUGCAGAUCGACCGUCAGCGUAUCCAAGUGGCAUCUGCCAGUUCUGGAGCAGAUGAGCUCCAAGGCCUCGGUGUGGCUGUGUACGACCAGGACGUCCUUGAGCAAGGUGUUCUGCAGCAAGUCGAUGAAGCCAUCCAGGAGGCUAGUCAGGCUGCUGCGAAAGCAGAGGCUGAGAAGGAGUACCAGUCUGUGCUAGAUGAUGUCAGGUCUGUGAAAUCAUCUUUAAAACACAUCAACAAGAUUAUUGAGCAGCUAUCCCCCUAUGCAGCCUCCAGCAAAGAUAUCAGCAGGAAAAUUGAGUCUGUAAAACGGCAGAAAGAAAAUAAGGAGAAACAGCUAAAAAAGGUCAGAGCGAAACAGAAGCGACUUCAGGCCAUACUGGGAGGAGAGGAUGUUCAGAGAGUGGAAGCUGAACUGUUGGCAGAAGAUGAUGGAGAAGAAGAACCUGGACCAUCCACGCUGGGCAGCAUGCUCAUGCCAGCGCAGGAGACCGAAUGGGAGGAACUCAUCCGGACAGGCCACAUGACUCCUUUCGGCACCAGAAUCCCACAGAAGGAGGUAAAGAAGGAGCCUCGGAAAUUGAUGCUGGCUGAGAACUCUGCCUUUGACCAGUACCUGGCCGACCAGGCCAAGAUGGCCACCGAGCGGAAGAAGGUACCUCUUCUUAAAAAGAAGAAAAGUUCUGCGCUCCACCUUGGUGAUGGGACCAAGGUUAAAACAGGAAAAAUAGUUUCCUCAUCCAAGGAUAAAAAACUGAAGAAGCGCAUGCGAAAGCUGCAAAUAAAUGCUUUGAAGACCCAUCCUAAGGCUCGAUCCAAGGCUGAACCAAAGCCUCCUAAGCCACGGAGGAAACGAUACUCAGAGGGAGAGCAAACAGACAGUGAGGGGUCAGAGUACCUGCCCAGUGAUGAAGGACUGGAUUUGGACCAGGAUGAGAGGAACGCCAUGGAAGAAGGCUUUGGGGACAAUAAUGAUGAUGAUGAUGAUGAGUAUGAACUAAAACCAUACAAGAAAAAAACGGUUGGGACAGGAAGGAAGAAAAUGAAGAAAAACAACAGUGAGGAUGAUUACUCACCUGAGAGUUCAGAUGAUGAUAACGAUGGCAGGGGUAAAUCCAAAACAUAUAAAGACGAUGGGGAUGUGGACUACUACAGACAACGAAUACGGAGAUGGAAGCGGCAGCGACUUCGAGAACGAGAGGAGAAGCGAGAAAGAGGGGAGGAGCUUACAGACGACAGCGAUGCAGAAUUUGAUGAAGGCUUCAAAGUUCCUGGUUUCCUCUGGAAAAAACUUUACAAGUACCAGCAGACCGGAGUGCGAUGGAUGUGGGAACUCCACUGUCAGCAGGCAGGGGGCAUCCUGGGGGACGAGAUGGGAUUGGGUAAAACCAUUCAGGUCAUCAGCUUUCUGGCUGGACUGAGCUACAGCAAACUAAGGACAAGAGGGUCCAACUACAGAUAUGUCGGUUUAGGUCCAACAGUGAUUGUGUGCCCAGCUACAGUGAUGCACCAGUGGGUGAAAGAGUUCCACACCUGGUGGCCUCCUUUCAGAGUGGCAGUCCUGCAUGAAACUGGCUCUUUCACCAGCAACAAGGAAAAGCUGAUUCCAGAAAUAGCAUCAUGUCAUGGCAUCCUGAUCACCUCAUAUUCAGCUGUGAGGAAUUUGCAAGACAGCUUACAGCGCUACGACUGGCACUAUGUUAUACUCGAUGAGGGCCACAAGAUCAGGAAUCCAAAUGCUGGUGUUACCGUUGCCUGCAAACAGUUUCGCACUCCACACCGGUUCAUCCUGUCUGGCUCACCGAUGCAGAACAAUUUAAAGGAGCUGUGGUCUCUGUUUGACUUCGUCUUCCCUGGCAAACUAGGGACACUUCCUGUCUUCAUGGAGCAAUUUUCUGUGCCAAUAACUAUGGGAGGAUACAGCAAUGCCUCACCUGUCCAGAUCCAGACGGCAUUCAAGUGUGCAUGUGUGCUGAGGGACACAAUAAAUCCUUACCUGCUCAGAAGAAUGAAGGAUGACGUCAAGGCCAACCUCUCCUUACCUGACAAAAAUGAACAGGUGCUGUUUUGCAGACUAACAGAGGAGCAACGGCAGGUUUAUCAAAGCUUCUUAGAUUCCAAAGAAGUUUACCAAAUAUUAAAUGGAGACAUGCAGGUGUUCUCGGGUUUGAUUGCACUGCGUAAGAUCUGCAACCACCCGGACCUUUUCUCCGGUGGGCCCCGAAUCCUGAAGGGAAUCCCUGAGGAGCAGCUAACCGAGGAGGAACACUUUGGCUUUUGGAAACGCUCGGGAAAGCUGAUGGUGGUGGAGUCGCUGCUGCGUCUCUGGUUCAAACAGGGCCAUCGGGUUCUGCUCUUCACUCAGUCCAGACAGAUGCUGGGCAUCUUGGAGGUGUUUGUAAGGGAGAAGAACUACUCAUACCUGAAAAUGGACGGUACAACCGCCAUUGCUUCCCGACAGCCGCUCAUUGCACGCUAUAACGAGGACAAAUCAAUUUUUAUCUUCCUGCUUACCACUAAAGUUGGUGGUCUGGGAGUCAAUCUGACUGGAGCCAACAGAGUUAUCAUUUAUGACCCAGACUGGAACCCCAGUACGGACACACAGGCUCGAGAACGGGCGUGGAGGAUAGGUCAGAAGCAACAGGUAACAAUCUAUAGGCUGCUGACUGCAGGGACCAUCGAAGAGAAAAUCUACCACAGGCAAAUCUUCAAGCAGUUUCUCACCAAUCGCGUUCUGAAGGAUCCCAAACAAAGACGGUUCUUCAAGUCUAAUGACAUCUACGAGCUCUUUACUUUGGCUGAUCCUGAUGGAACUCAGGGGACAGAGACCAGUGCCAUAUUUGCAGGCACUGGAUCUGACGUGAAAGUACCCAAGAAACCUGACAGGUUAAAGUCAUCACCCUCCAUAAACGGUGCCGACCAUGAUUAUAAACAGCCCUCAGGAAAACAUGUUGAAUCCGCUUUAGAGAACAGAAACUCCUCUUCAAGAGAAAUCCCUGCAUUAAGAGACUGCAGCACAUCUCCGUCCAGUGGAAACUAUCAGGGUAAAUCUAAUGCACCAAUGGACAGUCGGAGCACAAAUCAAAAUAUAGAGAUGAACAAUUCUGCAAAUAUGCUGCAUGUAAGAGACAAUAACAACCCGGAUUCAGUUGAGAAGGCAAACAAAGGCCCAAGCUCGGCUAGUUUUCACCAGCACAGAGACAAAGACAGAGGAAAGCAGAGGGAAAAGAGAAAGCACUGUGACUCCACUCAUGUGGACAAAAGCAAGCAUAAAAAACGUAAGCACUCCCGGGAUGCUCGGUUCGAAGGCCUCCGCAUCUCUCAUCUGGUGAAGAAACGCAAUUACAAGAAAGAAGAAAAUGAAGAGAAUUCGACACAAGAUCAGAGAAAAUCAGAUGACUACGUCUUGGCGAAGCUCUUCAGGAAAUCUGGUAUCCACAGUGUGAUGCAACAUGACGCCAUCAUGGAGUCCUCCAACCCUGACUAUGUUCUUGUGGAAGCUGAAGCCAACAGGGUGGCUAAAGAUGCCCUCAAAGCGCUCAGGAUUUCUCGUCAGCAGUGCAGGCUGCCUUUUAAUAGCCCUCCUCCUCCGCCUACAAAAAAACGUUUUGGACAAAAGAAGAAUUCUCUAUUAGCUUUGCCUUCUUCUCAGUCUGUCCCCACUUCCAUUAAAUGCAAGGAUGCUGCUGUUGUGAAGACGUCUGUUGCAAAGAAACCAAGUGCAGGAGCACAUUUUAGUGGGGAAGGGGCAGACAAUGAUUCUAACUCAGCCCAGCUGUCGUCCGCUUCUCUGCUGGCCAAGAUGAAAGCUCGAAACCACAUCGCUAAGCCCUCCUCCCAGGGAGCAGCAGAGGAGGUGGAAGAGGAGGAGAAUGGCCCUGGAGCUCCAGGAACAAGCUCUCCUCCUGCUCCACCCACUGAGCACGACGAGCUGUUAGUGGAUCUGCGCAACUUUGUAGCCUUCCAGGCGAGUGCGGACGGCGAGGCCACCACGCAGGAGGUGCUUGAGUAUUUCAAACCAAGACUGAGCCAGAAACAGGCCCCCGUCUUCCGAGAGCUCCUCAGGAGCAUCUGUGACUUUCAUCGGACCUCUGGUCAGGAAGGUAUCUGGAGACUGAAGGAGCACUUCCGCUGAGGAACAACUGUAAACAGUAAACUACAUGGUGGGGGCUUUUAGUCCCUUAUGGUUAAAGGUCAUAUGUUUUUGUAAAUGUUUUUAGUUGUGAAUUACACUCCAAACAAAAUGUCAUAUUUUGACAUACUUCAGGAAUUCAACAUUUAAAUGGUGCUUUAAGGACUAUUUCUAGUAAAGCCAGUUUCCUGUACAGCAAUAUGAAAGCUUGAAACUUAAGUUGAAGCAUUGUUGCACACGUCUCCAUGUCUUUUCUUGUUUGUUUUUAAUAUGCUUAUCUUUUAUUUUUUUGUCAUAUUGUCAAACUCUAUUACCUCACAUGCUGUCAGGUCAAAUGUUUCGACUUGAACCACCUCACUUUUGUUAGAUUUGUGAUAUUAAUCUAUUAAGGUUAUAUUGUGCCAUUUUAUAAAUAUGACUAUACAAUAUAGGGGGGGCACCUGGUUUUUUGUGGGUGAAUGGAAAACAAUUGGCCGCUGUCUUUUACUUGAAAUAAAUUCUGUGUUUUUUCUUGCA